AUGGAGAGUACAAAGAGACCGGAUGGGAUCGAGGGGAGGAUAAAUUCGCAGUCGCAGGUUUCGUUGAAUAUAAGUACGACGAAUUCGAGUUCGCAGACGGAUUUGAAUAGGAUACGAAUGGGUACGAAUGAGAAUGCACGCUCGACAGAGACAUUACAAUUGAGACCGAAUACUCCGAAGGCGAACAUUGAGAUUGGAUCGAGCUCGAAUAUACACCAAGGACAGAGUCCGAGUCCGCAGACGGGUAGUAGGAGUGGAAGCAGGAGUGGGAGUGUUAGUGCUCAAGGGAGCCAGAGAAUUAAAGAGGGAAAGAGACAGAGGAUUGAUAGCAUUCUGGAAGAGGCGAGGAAUAGGAAGAUUACAAUGGAUACCCCUGGAGAUGGGGAGGAGAGUCAGAGUCCUGGGAGGGGAGUGAAUGGAUAUGAGAAUGAGAAUGAGAAUGGACAUGGACAUACAAAUGGUAAAGAAAGCAGAGGGGAAAGUAGCGCAGAUGAAGAAACGAGUGUAUUGAGACGCGGUCCCGAUAUGAACUAUGGAGGCGUCAGUGGCGGAACUACAGCGAUCACUGCAGAUACAAAUAAUGGAAAUAACAGCACGAGGAGGAAACUUGGAGCAAAGGAUCCAAAUAAGAGAGGAGGGGUAUGGGGAACGGGAAGAGGGAGAGGAUUUUCAGGGGCCGAGGCUGAGGGGGUAAUUACUGAAGAUGAGAGUAGGAUGAAGCGAAGCGGGAGGAUAGGAAAAUGGUGGAAGAGAAUGAUGGAUGAGUAUGGAAGUAUCGAGUUGGAAAAUAAGGGGAGUGUUGCGAGGGAUCAUUUGGCACUUGGUUUGUGGUUUCUUUCUCUCGCUAAAUUUCAGAUCACACGACUCGUUUGUCACACGUCUGAGGAUGGACAUGUGUUAUUUUACUAUGUUGCUGACUAUGGGGGGUGGAUAGAAAGAACAUUUUUAGCUUGGCUACGAACUUCCCUCGCCUUCGCUAGUAUCGGAAUUGCAAUCACUCAACUAUUCCGCCUCAAUACUUCAAGCUCCACUACCCCCGCCCCAUCAGAGCCUCAAAGCAGUCUCCGCCAUCUCGGCAAACCCCUAGGCGCCACUUUCGUGGGAAUAUCGAUUCUCAUGCUCUCAGUAGGUUUUCAUCGAUAUUUUGAAGGGCAGUUUUACAUUAUUAGAGGAAAGUUCCCAGCUAGUAGGGGCAGUAUUGCACUUGUGGCGAUGAUUACAGGCGCGUUGAUGGUGACGAGUUUAGUGGUUGUGGUGGUGGGUAAUAGGGGCGGAUUCGAGAAGUAG